AUGCGUGUGGCUAUUGCUGGCUCCGGCAACGUUGCCCGCUACUUUGCUGAAGAACUUCCGGCGGUGGGAAUCGAUGUCAUUAUCCUGACCCGGUCUUCCAAGCCCGAGUUCGAGAAUAUACCUGGCGUACAGCAGUUCAUCACGGACUACUCCGUCUCGUCUCUUCUCGAGGGCAUCGAAGGCUCUAGCACCCUCAUCUCGGCCAUCCUCAACUACGGGCCUGCCUUCGUCGAUGUCCAUCGACGGCUGAUCGAAGCUGCCAAGAGAAGCAUCACCUGCAAACGCUUCAUCCCUGCCGAGUAUGGCGGUAAUUUGGAGGACUUUCCCGACCAACCAGGUUUCUACUCCCGCCUCCAAGGCGUCAUCCGCAAGGAGCUAGCCGAACAGGACGAGUUGGAAUGGACGUUGCUGUCCACUGGUUGGUUUAUGGACUAUGUCGUGCCGAGACGCAAUCGAAUGCUGCCGGACGGGGGAGAUGCAAUUCCUGUCAACCUCGAGACCAACAGCAUGCUGAUACCGGGCUCUGGCAAAGAGCCCCUGGACUUAACUUCUGCCAGAGAUAUGGCUCGCGCGGUUGCCAAGCUGCUCCAGACACCUCGAUGGGAGCGACACAUAUACCUAUCAGGAGAGAAAUCUACUUGGAAUCACAUUGCAGCGUUGAUGCAAGAGAAAGAUCCCCAAAUGAGCAUCAAGCAUCGCAGCCUCAACCAGCUGAUUGAGGAUAUCGUUGCCAAUCCUGACCCCGACGGCGAGGCACGAAUCAUUGCAGAGUACGCGAUAUUCUCUGCUAGUCACGCUGGAUCCUUGCCUGCUGAAAAGGUUGCUGCUCACCGCGAAAAGUACUUUGCUGGAAUCAAGUUCAGGACUGCGAGAGAUUUACUGCUUGAAGUCGAACGGGACCCACAUGUUAUUGUCUAG